AUGGGUGUUUUUAAUUUGGCACUUCUCGGGAAGCAAGCAUGGCGAUUAAUGCAACACCAGAAGUCCCUUCUUGGCAAGGUCAUGGUAGCAAAGUACUUUAAACAUUCUGCUUUUUUGGAAUCGUCUUUGGGGUUUGCAGGCAGUUAUUCUUGGACUAGUAUUUGGUCUUCAAAACCUCUUUUUCAAGAGGGUCUUAUUUGGAGAGUGGGAAAGGGGGACCAAAUCAACAUAUGGGAUGAUGCUUGGGUAGCGGAUGAGUUGGGGAGUAAAAUUGUUUCUAAGAAAAUUGCCAAUGUGGAGAAAGUAAAGGAUCUUAUUGACCUGGACUCUGGAGAAUGGAAGCAUGAUUUUAUUUCGGAGAAUUUUUGCGAUAGAGAUGUGAAAUGCAUUUUGUCUAUACCUCUCAGUAUGCGACUUCCCUGUGAUGAGCAAAUUUGGGCUUUUUCAAAGGAUGGAAGAUACUCCGUCAAAAUAGCUUAUUUUCUGGGCAAAUCGUGUAAUCUCGAUAAUUUUCAUAAGGCAUGGGUGAUUAUUUGGGGUUUGAAUGUCACUCCAAAGAUUCGACGUUUUUUGUGGAGAGUAGGUAUAGGGACUCUUCCUGUGCGUGAGUAUCUCGUUUAUAGCCAUAUGUCUACGGAUAAGGUAUGUCCUUGCUGCUCUACUGAAGCUGAAACUAUGAGGCAUGCAUUUCUUGAUUGUCCUACGGUUAAAGAUCUCUGGACUGAAGUGGGCUGUGAGAAAUUAAUUUGGAGUGCUGGGAUUACUUUUGCGGACUUUCUUGUUGAAUGGAAGGAGCGCUUCUCCUCUAUUAUUCAUGUUGGUGCCAUUCUAUUGUGGAAAAUUUGGAACAGGAGGAACGACAUAGUGUUUAACAGUGUGGAAGUCAGCCACUGCACUGUCAUUGAGCGCACAAAAGCCUUAUCAACAGACAUCGCUGCUUAUGCUGAGAAGAUAUAUGGUGGGAUUGGUGCCCUGCUAUUUCCUCUAGUCCUAAGGUAUGGAAACCGCCUCCUCAUGAUGUUGUUAAGGUGA